UUCAAAACUCUGAGCUUGAGGGAUUUAUGAUAUGAACUGUCUUUCGUCAUUCUCACAGACUCUUUUCUUUCAUUCAGUUUCGGUUGUCAUUCUUCAUUGGUUUUAUGUCUUCUCCUCCAUCUUGGGUUGAUUUGCUUUUCUCAAAAGAUUUUGACAAUCACUAAGAAAAUUAGUAUUCAUCGUUCUGGUCUUUUGUUUUAUAACUUCUUCCUAGGUACCAGACUUUCCAACCCUUCAAUCCGCAAAAUCGUCCAACGUUCCGCCUACGAUGAGUUCGGGGACCGAUGCCGAUGCCCGGGGCAUGAACGUGGACGAAAAGAAGCGGAAACGGAUGAUAUCGAAUCGAGAAUCGGCUCGACGAUCACGGAUGAAGAAGCAGAAGCUUUUGGAAGAUUUGGCCACCGAGAUUGGGUCAUUGAAGGUUGAAAUUCAUAACAACGCUGAGAAAUGUGAAGUUUUGAUGCAAAAAACUGUUGCCUUGGACUGUGAAAACAACGGUUUGAGGGCUCAACAAAUGGAAUUGGGUCAAUAUUUAAGGAAGCUGGAAUUACUGCAAUCCAAUUUGGCGAAUCAGAGUGGAAGAAGCUUCUGCGAUCAAAUCGUCGACAUUAAUGAACCACCAAAGUAUGGCCUCCACUGAAAUGUUGAACUAUUAAUGUACAGAAUCACAUGUUCAUGGGUUCGGGAUGUUUGCUUUUGCAUUUUGUAAAGAAAAUCAUUGAAUAAAUGAUUGUUAAGUAUUUUGGAUUUGCUUUCGGAA